GACCUGUUGCGCUCCAAUCGCCAAACUGCCAAUCCAGAAAGCCAACUUCACGUGAAUCCCGAAAGACUGCAUACAUCACUGCGCCGAUGGAGUUUAAAGAGUUUGGAGGAGAGUCCACCGAGGGAGACAUCGAGGAUCUGGACAGCGUGAAAGCACUAACAGAAAAGUUGAAGUUGCAGACUCGCAGACCGUCCUAUCUGGAGUGGCAAGAGAGAGUUGAGAGUCGACCGUGGAAGGAACGUUACCCUGCAGACAGCCUGGACUCGGGAGGACAAGUCGUCUCCAUGCCUGCAAUUCUGAGAAAUGAAAACUCAGAUCUGGUUGUGCGCAAUAUAUGUGGCUUUGAUACCAUUGAUGAUGCCUUGGAGUUUCUGAGAAAAGAGCUGAGGGAGAUGCAGGUUCAGGACAACCGUCUGGCCCGCCAGCUGAUCCGUCUGCGUGUGGAGAUCCACAGGCUGAAAGUGGAGCAGGUGUGUGGCCGUCAUAAGGAGAUGCUGGACGAUGCCACAUACGAGUUGGAGGAGUGUGGCGAGGAGUCGGACCUGCUAUGUGACAUCCCCAUGAAGGCUGCGUUCGCCCUGUCCACCCCGCUCAAACACCUGGGCCUCACCAAGAUGAACAUCAACUCCAGACGUUUCUCACUCUGUUAAAAACCAUUUAUUCAUGUUUCUGAGGAUGUUCCAUUGGCCUCCUCUGUGUUGUGUUGGAUAGAUUUUAGACUUAUUUCCUCAUCAGGAGCUGUUGAUAGAGUGGAGAGUGCCUGCCAGCUAUUGGUGCCCUGGGUAGAAAUGAAAAUGAAUAUGCACCUUGGCUUGUCAUGCAUGAGGAAGCCUCUGAGUGCAGACCUGUAAGGGCACACACCCUUAAUGCAGACACACCUUCCUGCUGGACAGAGCCCGGGCUGCUCUACUGUUGACUGUUCUUUGCUACAUUUCAUGAUAAUCACAGUUGAUAGAUGAACUCUUAGAGGUAGACUGAAAUGUACAGGAAGGAAUGGGAAUUAUAUCUUACGCCCAGUGAUUUGGUAUUGUAAAAAAAAGUUUCACUUGUGCCAAAGAAGUGCAAAACAGUUACAGGGAGAGUAAUGACUUGCUAAAAAAUUGCCAUAGAAGAAACUCACUUUAGAAAAGAAGCUUGAUGGUCACAGUACAGGAGGGAGCUUUUUUAGACAGGUCAGAUAACUUUACACCAGUGGUUCUCAACCUAAGGUUCAGAGCCCAGACGAAGGGUCACAAGCUAAAUCAGAAGGAACCACAACAAACAGAUUUCCUCUUGUCUUUACCUCUUGUUUUCUUCUUUUUUUAAGGCAAAUUACUGAAUUAUUUUAUUGCUUCCUCCCUCUGGUUGAACUGGUUACAUCCAGUGAUGAGGGGUUGCACAUAGACAUUGUUUCAUUUUCAAGAGGUCACGAACAAAAAAGCUUGGGAACCACUGCCUACAUCAAUUACAUUGUUUUAUGGAUUAAAUUAGGUGUGAUAAAAGGAAAAAUUCAGCAACACUAAACAGAGUCCUUUUACAGCAGCAUAUUCCAGCUGUUGAAGCCUUCAUGGGGGCACUGGCCAUCCCCACUUCCCUCAAAGGAAGUGGGAGGCCACCCUCCAGCAAUUUUACCCCUCUUCUUUACAAACCAAAUAUAUCUCCUUAGCCUCAACCACUGCAAUGGCAGGACCCAGGAGGCUGUGCCUAAAGCAUUUUGUUUUCCAUUACCAUAUCUAGAUGCUGCAGAGCAUGAAUUGGAAAAUGUGACUGGGCAGUGACCAACUGUUUUGGUUUGGGCCAGUUAAAUGCAUACUAUGUAGCUUAAUAUUAAUAUUAUUACUGAGUGAUAUUUUACAGUGGUUGCAACUAACUAAGCCAAGGCUGCCCAAUUUGGGGUCCGUGCUCUCUUUGUUUUGGCUGCCAUGGAUUUGACAUGCUCAUGCUUAUUCUCCUCUUAUUUUAAUAGUAAAGACUACAAAAUUUACAUUUUGUGCAGUUAAAAAGUACAUAAUCUGAGUUUGACGGCAACGUAAAGCACAGUGCUGGUAAACUUCCCAUUUAAAUUACAUACGUACGUUUUGUCUACAGAAAAUGGCAAGAGUUAUUCUUCAAUAGCAACAUUUAUUUUGGCCCGUGGCCUUCCGACCAGAUACAUUUUGACCCGUCAUAUGACAGAAUUUGGGCACCUCUGAACUAAACAAUUAGCCUUAUUUUUAAAUCAUGCUACUGUAAUAUGAAUGUAUUUGACAAAUGAGUGUAGAAGAGAAAUGCCUUAAAAUGUAACUUUUUUCAUGCACAUACAACACAAUAUUAAAGAGACUUUGCCAUUUA